AUGCAGCAGAACUCGAGCGCCGACCCCGAGCAGAGGAGCGGCAAGCGCAAAUCGAUCGGGAAGAGGAAGCUUUCUGAUCAAGGAGAGCCACAACAGCCACAAUCACAGAGGACCAUCUCUGAGCUCCUGUCAUCAAACACCUCUCACGAUAACCUGCCACAGAAUCUUUCACCCUCCUCGAAGCGGUCUCGCUUCUCCGCCUCUCCCUCGCGCUCGGCCUCCGCCCACCCGGUUUCGCCUACCAAGAUGUAUAACUUCUCAGGCUCCCCACCCAAAAACGGCGCCGCCUUCGUCCGGAAUAUGCCCGGUGCAGCGACAAAAGCUCCCUUUAUUAAACCGCAAGCUGUAAAUCCGAGUGCUCGUCAGAAUAAUUUCAGUCCGCAUGCCGGGGCCAAGAAGCUAGUUGUUAAGAACCUUCGUACCGGACCUCGAGCGAACCACGAGCCAUACUUCGACAAGACCUGGGCGCAGCUAGAUGCUGCGUUGAGCGCUAUUUUUGAUGGGCGCAAACCAAACAGCUCCCUCGAGGAAUUAUACAAGGGUGCCGAGAAUAUCUGUCGCCAGGAGCGGGCAUCGUUGCUGGCCAAGCGAGUACAGGAGAGGUGCAAAGACUAUGUGGCAGGAAAACUACGGGAUAACUUGGUGACGAGGGCUGGAGGUGGUACCGAUGUCGAUACAUUGCGGGCAGUGAUCGAGGCAUGGUCGGUGUGGCACUCACGACUAAUCACGGUUCGCUGGAUUUUCUACUACCUAGAUCAGUCGUUCCUUCUGCACUCAAAGGAUUUCCCAGUGAUCCAGGAGAUGGGAUUGACGCAGUUCCGAACCUAUGUCUUCGCCGACCAAAGUCUCAGACCCAAGAUCAUGCGAGGGGCCUGCGAUCUCAUCGCAGCGGAUCGGGGUGCGGAGACCAGCAUCAUCAUGGAUCCAACUCUACUUCGGGAUGCCAUAGAUCUCUUUCACAACCUCGACGUCUAUAACAGCGACUUUGAACCGUUACUUAUCGCCGAUACACAAAGCUUUGUCCACUCGUGGGCCCAACGAGAAUCCGGAGGAUACCUGGCAUCGUAUGUUGAGAACAGCCAACGCCUGAUCGAACGAGAAGUUGAGCGAUGUGGCUUGUUUUCUCUGAGUCGGAGCACAAAACAGAAGUUGUCAGAGCUUCUAGAUGAUAUACUGGUCUCUCAGCACGAAUCGGUUCUUCUCAAUCAGAGCGAGGUCCUCGGUUUGUUGCGGUCCGGUAACAAGGUUGCAUUAAGGAAACUUUACGGGCUUCUCGAUCGACAAAAUCUCACCACCAGACUGAAGUCUACAUUUGGCCUCUUUAUCGUGCAAGAAGGCUCAAGUAUCGUGUUUGAUGAAGCCAAUGAAGCAGAGAUGGUCGUCCGCCUCCUCCAAUUUAAGGAACAGCUCGAUGAUAUUUUGUCUGAAUCAUUUGGUCGGAGUGAAACCUUGACUCUCACACUUCGUGAGGCGUUCGGCCAAUUCAUGAACAUGACCAAGAAGGGAGAAUCUACUGGAGGCACUGACAAUGCCAAGGCCGGCGAGAUGAUCGCCAAGUACGUCGAUCGGCUGCUCAAGGGUGGUUGGAAGAUGCCUGCCGGAGCACAGGACGCGGCGAUGGCUGAUGAAGAUGCUGAGAUCGAUCGACAGCUCGACCAAGUGCUGGACCUGUUUCGGUUCGUGGAAGGAAAGGCGGUCUUUGAGGCAUUUUAUAAGAAUGACCUUGCUCGGCGUCUGCUUAUGGGGCGGAGCGCCAGCGAUGAUGCGGAAAAGAGCAUGCUCAUUCGUUUGAAAAAAGAAUGUGGAUCUAGCUUUACGCAUAAUCUGGAGUCAAUGUUCAAGGAUAUGGACGUGGCGCGGGACGAAAUGGCGGCAUAUUCUUCGCUGAACCGGGAUCGCAAUCGCAAGGAACGCCCACCAGUCGAUCUCAAUGUCAGCGUGCUUUCCGCCGCGGCAUGGCCCACGUAUGCGGAUGUUCCGGUGCGGAUUCCGCCCAGUAUUGCAGCCUCCAUCAGCGACUUUGAAGCCUUCUACAAAAACAAGCAUACCGGUCGCCGGCUGAACUGGAAGCAUCAAUUGGCGCAUUGCCAGCUACGGGCCCGGUUCCCCAAGGGUUCCCGGGAACUGGUGGUCAGUUCCUUCCAGGCCAUUGUGCUCCUCAUGUUCAACGACAUUGCCGACGAUGAGAGCUGGAGCUAUUCGCAGAUUCAGGCCGCGACGGGACUAUCGGAUCCUGAACUCAAGCGAACUCUGCAGUCGCUUGCCUGUGCCAAGUAUCGCGUUCUCACCAAAAAGCCGAAGGGUAAGGAAGUGGAAACGACCGACGUCUUCUCGUACAACACGGGAUUUACAGAUGCCAAGAUGCGCAUCAAGAUCAACCAGAUCCAAUUAAAGGAAACCAAAGAAGAGAACAAGACAACUCAUGAGCGAGUCGCGGCCGACCGGCACUACGAGACCCAGGCCGCGAUCGUGCGCAUCAUGAAGAGCCGGAAGACGAUCAAGCACGCUGAGCUGAUCGCCGAGGUGAUCGAGGCAACCCGACACCGCGGCACGCUGCAACCAGCGGAGAUCAAGACUAAUAUCGAGAAAUUAAUUGAGAAAGACUAUAUGGAGCGAGCCGAGGGCAACCAGUACAACUAUGUGGCAUAG